AUGAUUUGUGGCGACCGACAAGGCAUUGUUGGAUUGUUGGGCAGACAUGAUGAUUAUGAUGGUGGUGGUGGAGGUGGUGACAAUGAUGAUGAUGAUGAUGAUGAUGAUGAUGAUGAUGAUGAUGAUGAUGAUGAUGAUGAUGAUGAGAUGAUGAUGAUGAUGAUGAUGAUGAUGCUGAUGAUGAUGAUGAUGAUGUGGGAUGUCGACACAGAUGAAAGUCACACCAUCAACCAUGCCAGUCAGGAAGGACACCGCCGAUGCACUUGCAAAAACAUUUUGGCAAAGAAGUUUUUGAUAUGUGCUGGAGCACUGAAGCUGCGCCUGAGACAUUGGUGGAAAACACCGACUGCCUCAUCAUCGGCCGAACCCCAGUACAGCGGUCAAACGUUUGAGAUGUGCUGGGAUGUUGAAAGCGAUCCAGCGCCCACCGUCAAUGCACCAGUCAGUGCACCGGUCAAUGCACCGGCCGAAGCAUCAUCAGCCAACACAGACUAUGGUGGCCAAGAUUACAAUAUGUGUUGGGACCCCGAUACUCCUCCAGCUGCAGGCUCGGUCCCUGCAAUCACUGUAGAAGCAGCCACACCACCGGCUGCCGCUACGUAUGAUGUUUGCUGGGAUGAGGACCCUCAGUCGACAACAGCUGAUGUAGGCCACCUGUAUGACGUGUGUUGGGAUGACCGACCGGCAACCUCGGCCACAGGAUACCAAGGUGGUUUUGACAUGUGCUGGGGAGAUGCCCAAUUAGGUGGAGAUGGUGACUGUGAAGGUCAUCUUACUGCGGCGCCCACUACUGGCUCAGUUAACUCAUGGGUGAACAACUCAGAAUCACCUGGGAGUCAAGAUAUUCAGGCAUCACUGGCACCCUCUUCAGCACCAAGCGAAGGCUUGACAAUAACACAGGUUGAAGCUGGGUAG